AUGUCCAGUCACGAAGAGCAACCCCACCAAGAAAAGAGGCAGAGGAAGGAAGAGGCGUCUCCGAUAUCAUGUUCGUCAGAUGAUCUGGUUCUGAACUGUCUGGCUAGAGUCUGGAGAUCAGACCACGCGGCCUUAUCUCUGGUCUCCAAAAGUUAUCGCUCUCUAGUGGCAUCUCCUGAUCUUUACAAGAUCCGAUCGCUGAUUGGUCGCACUGAAACAUAUGUCUACGUAUGCUUACGAAUCCUCCGUCGUAGAAAAACCCUAGACGCCUCUGAUCUAAUUCCGAUCCCUUCGCUCUCCUCCCAGCCAGUGGAAGCAUCUUCCGUUGUGGUGCUGGACUCGGGCAUCUAUGUAAUCGGUGGGUUGAUAGACGGGGAGAAGCGCACUUCCGACGUCUGGAGCUUGGAUUGUUGGACUCACGUGUGGCACCCUGUCCCUUCCAUGGGAGCGGCUCGAGCUUACGGGGCUGCUGGUGUGGUAGACGGGAAGAUUUACGUGUUUGGAGGCUGCGAUGUUCAUGAUGACUGUGGAGAGGUAUUCGAUCCAAACACUCAAACUUGGGAUAAUUUGCCACCGAUGCCGAAACGGAAGGGAGGUAAUAAGCAUAUCCACGACAGUAUGGUGAGGGUUCAUAAGGUUUACGCAGUGGAUGAAACGGAGAGAACCUUUUACUACUCGCCGAGGGAAGGUAAAUGGGGGACAGGGAACCGUGGACAACUGGUAGGAAAGCCAAGGGACUGGUGUAUGAUUGAUAACUUGCUCUUUUGUCUUAGCAGAAACGGAACUUUAUUUUGGUGUGAGCCGGAUGAGUUGGAUUUGCAUGGAACAGAGAUGGUGAUGAAUACAGAGGAGAUUCUUGAUCGGUGGGAGCAAAAGAGGAUCAUGCAUGGUAUGGCCACGUUAAAGAUGAGCAAGUAUGGUCUAAUCGACAAGUUUGAAGGUUUACAUCCUGGGGCCAGAAUGUGCAGCUCCGGUGGGAACAUUGUGCUUUUCUGGGACCGCCCCAAGUUGGGACAUCUUCAUAUUUGGUCUGCCGAGAUUUCCUUGGAGAGACUCCAAGUAGGCGAGAUUUGGGGCAACAUUGAGUGGUCUAACAUUGUCAUGCCCGCUGAUGAAUCUUUUCAAGAACCCAAGAAGCAUCGGUUCUUAGAAUCAAAGUAAGAAGAAGAAGAAGAAGAAGAAGAAGAAGAAGAAAACACGGCAUUUACUGUAGCUGGAACCCCGAGAAAAGAGGUAACCAGCGAAGUACGACGCCGCCGUGGCAGAUAAAGAGACGACUGAAGAAGGGUUCGGUGAGAAGUUUGAGUACCAAGCUGAGGUUAGUUUUUCAAAAAAAAAAAUUGGUUUUUACUUCUGGGUAU